UACCAUGGCAGAGUCUUCAGAUGUUCAUUCACUUUUACCUGUAGUAAGAAAGAAGAAAAGCUUGUCAAUCAAGGACAAAAUUGGUAUAAUAGCUGCAAUUGAAAGUGGCAAGAAUAAGACAGACAUUGCGGAAAGAUAUGGCAUAAAGAAAAACUCCUUGGUUUCUAUUAUGAAGAACAAAGAUAGAGUUUUAGAAGCCUUUGAAACCUGGCAGUUUGACCCUAAAAGAAAAAGGUUAAGGAUGGCAUUUUAUACAGAUCUGGAAGAGAUACUGGUGAAGUGGUACAGAAUGGCUCAGUACUCAAAUAUAUCAGUGGAUGGACCAAUGCUACGCUUCAAAGCUAAUAAUUUUGCACAGAAACUUGGACAUAGCAAUUUUAAAUGCAGCAAUGGCUGGCUAGAUCGUUUUAAAGCAAGGUAUGGAUUAGCAUUCAGAUUUCAGCCUGUAGCAGCUUCUUCAAGUACUUCAGCCACUGCUGCUGCCGCCGCCACUACUACUGCCACUGCUGCUGCUGUUACUACUACAGUGGACACAGCAACUGCUUGGCAUCAAAAUAUUCUCCCUUACUAUUUAAAGGUUUAUCAGCCAAAUGAUAUAUUUAACAUGAAAGAGACAGGAUUGUUUUAUCAGAUGUUACCUACUCAUACUUUUGAAUUUCACGGAGAAACAUGCUCCAUGGGACAAUUAAGCAAGGAAAGAAUAACUGUAGUGGUUGGCACCAAUAUGGACGCCUCAGAAAAACUUCCAUUGCUUGUUAUUGAAAAAAACAAAACUCCCUGCUGCUUCCAGGGUGUCAAGGCACUGCCUGUGGGGUAUCAAGCAAAUGCUAUGGCAUGGAUGACUUCGGAGGCAUUUGAGCAAUGGGUGAGCAAGCUUGACAAGAGGUUUCAAGAACAGGAGCGUCGUGUCAUUAUUUUUGUGGACUCUUUCCCUGUGCCUGCAGAGGUAAGGAAUUUAAAGUUUAUCAAACUUGUAUCCUUUCCUUCUUGCUCACCCUCCAGAUUUACAGCUAUGAAACAAGGGAUUAUCAAGAGUCUGAAAGUCAAAUACCGAUGCCUCCUUCUCAAGAGGUUUGUAGACUGUGUUGAAAGUGGCAAGGAAUUCACACUGACUUUAUUUGAUGCAGUUGAUAUGUUACACCUCUGUUGGAGGGAUGUAUCUCCCGGGACUACUGUUAAAAGUUGUAGUGAAGCAGGGUGUAUAUCACAGACUGGUGAAAACGUUGAUGCAGACACAAAAACUGAAAGUAAUUUUGAUUUGACUGCAUAUGCAUUGGCUGCAGGAGUUGAGUUUCCAAAAGGCUUUUCUUUGGAGGAAUAUGCAGUUUUGGAUGAUGAUUCGAUAGCUUGCGAAAUGCCUCCUAACAGUGAAAUAUUACAGGGCAAAAAAUGUACUUCAAGUGAAACCUUUGAAAAAGAUGAAGAUGUGGAGUUUCCAGGAUCUAAACACCCUUUGCCAUCAAAGAAGGAGGCUCUUAUUGCUUUAGAUACUCUUCGAAGAUCUCUCCGACAGCAAGAUUUGAAUGCAUCUCUUCAUAACUCCUUCAUGGUUCUAGAGAAUUUUAUUCAUCUUGCAGCAUCUAAAUAAGAACUCAAAUGGAAAAUACUAAUUGCUUAGUUAAUUUUCAACACAAGCCUAAAAAAUUUGAAGCCUAUCAAACUAAACCUGGUCCACCAACUAUGUAUGGAGGCACACCAGGGCCUUAGUAAACCUCUGAAUUUUGCUGCCUAUAUGGCACUGCAGACUGUGUUUGCCUUAGCAGGUCACAAAAUUGAACAGGCCUAAUGAACUAUAUACAAUGCAAGUUUUAGUGACUUGUGUUACAAAUAUAUUAUCCCUGAUCCAUAGCUCUGUGUAUGCUCUAAAGUUACAUUCGUAUGCUUCCCACGUAUAUAUGCCUUUGUAAUUAAUGUUAUGUAACAGUUAACAUUAACACAAGCUGUCAAAAAAUAAUGUUUUUUCUUUCUGCAAUUUUGUUUCUGAUUACUGUUUCUUUUGAUGAACAUGCUACCUUGAUCUUCCCAGUUAUCAGUGCAUGGAGUCUUGGCAUAAUCUUUUGACAAGCAACAGCCCUCUAUGUAAUACUAUAAACUUAGUAUUAAACAUGACUAUGUGCUGUGAGAUGCAUAGCAGAAAAGUGGGUUAGGCUUAAAACAAAAGUAAAAUGUGGUUUGAGACCCCAGUAUGAAGUGCUUAAGUGUCUUCUUCAUAUACUUUGGACAAAAAUAAA